CUCUGCGCAGGCUCGGGCGCAGGUUGCCGCAGAGAGGGGCCUCAGCUGUUGUGGUUAUUGUGUCGCUCCUCCCCCACCCGGACCCCGCGGCGAUCCAGCGCUGCAUGCCAGUCGCUCUAGCCCCAGCACCCGGGACUGCGGACUCCGUGACCCUGUCUUCGGGCCUGUCCGCACCGGAGCAACUCGGGACUGCUUAGCACCCCGCAUGCCGUAGGCAGGCUGUAUCCUGCGUUUUGUUGAUGUAGCUUAUGAAAGGCGCCGACUUCCUUCGUUCAGAAGAUCACGACCCAUUUAAAUUGGAUGGAGUCAUGUACUGUUUUUUCGUUUUUCCGUAAGGAGUCUAAAGUUCAGACAUGGGAAAGUCUUUUUCUCAUUUGCCUUUACAUUCAAAUAAAGAAGAUGCUUAUGAUGGAGUCACAUCAACUGAAAAUAUGAGGAAUGGAUUGGUUAAUAGUGAAGUCCAUAAUGAUGGAAGAAGUGGAGAUGUCUCUCAGUUUCCAUAUGUGGAAUUUACAGGAAGAGAUAGUGUCACUUGCCCCACUUGUCAAGGAACAGGAAGAAUUCCUAGGGGACAAGAAAACCAACUGGUGGCAUUAAUUCCAUACAGUGAUCAGAGAUUAAGGCCAAGAAGAACAAAACUGUAUGUGAUGGCUUCUGUGUUUGUCUGUCUGCUUCUUUCUGGACUGGCUGUGUUUUUCCUUUUCCCUCGCUCCAUCGACGUGAAAUACAUUGGUGUAAAAUCGGCAUACGUCAGUUAUGAUGUUCUAAAGCGUACAAUAUAUUUAAAUAUCACGAACACACUAAAUAUAACAAACAAUAACUAUUAUUCUGUUGAAGUUGAAAACAUCACUGCACAAGUUCAAUUUUCAAAAACAGUUAUUGGAAAGGCACGCUUAAACAACAUUACCACUAUUGGUCCACUGGAUAUGAAACAGAUUGAUUAUACAGUACCUACUAUCAUAGCAGAGGAAAUGAGUUAUAUGUUUGAUUUCUGUACACUGACAUCCAUCAAAGUGCAUAACAUAGUACUCAUGAUGCAAGUUACUGUAACAACAACUUACUUUGGACACUCAGAACAGAUAUCCCAGGAGAGGUACCAGUACGUUGAUUGUGGAAGGAACACAACUUAUCAGUUGGGGCAGUCUGAAUAUCUAAAUGUACUUCAGCCACAACAGUGAAAACUGAGAGAUGCACCUGGAGAAGAAAUACUUAUUGAUAUUUUCCAAACCCUGAAGGAUGAGGUACUUACUUCCUGAUAGGAGAUCUUAAAUUGAACAACCUAAAGUUUACACUUCUGUUUUAAAAGUACAGCUAAGAGUAUGUGGACUUUUAGGUUAUUACGACUCUCCACUCUGUGUUCAUGGUAUCUGUACCAGGAUCUUUUACUUGAAUCUAAAUUUACUGAUUGGUUUUCUUUGCUCCUGGUCCCCAAAGGGGAAAAGUAAGACUUCUCCUACAGGAUAAUAAAUAAUUAUUUAAAAUUCAUAGGUCUAAUCACUACUGAAAAGAUAAUUGAUGAUUUGUGAUGAAUAUAAUUAUGUGAUGAACAUAAUUUGAGAAAUUUUAUUUCUGAAUGUUUUUAUAGAAAAUUACUGUGGGCCUAUUCAUGAAGACAUUUAAAGAGUAACCUUUUUUUCCCUGUUUUAUAAAUUCCCAUUGCUACUUGGUAGUAUUUCAGCUGUAUGCUAUUUUAGCUUUUAGCUAAAUGUUUUUAUUUUUUCAUUUUGAAAUCUUACUCAUUUGCAUGUUUUUGUCAGUCUUCAUGCUAUUGCUUGCAUAACACUUAAUAAAGCAAAAUAAUCUUUGCAAAAUUCUGUACCUAAAAUUUUUUAAAACCCCUAAAUAAUGUGCUUCACAUGUCUUUCCAUGUUAGUUAUAAUUGUGUGAAAUUUUUAUGUAAUCUUCAAACAUAAUCAUUUAAUGUACAGUAUUGUAAAUAAAUUCUGCAUGGCUUUUAUGUAGCUUUAAUAAAUGUCAAAUAAAGUGGUACAGAUUUAAAAUAUAGUAAGUUGCUCAUAAAAAUUUUUUAAAAAAGGAAAAUGAUAUUCAGAAACCUCUAGAAUGUAUGUUUCCAAUUACAUAUUAGAUCAGGCAUAACAUAGAUUUGAAAUAAAAUAUUUUGAUGCUCCACUUU